GCUGUCGUGCGGGUCUCCGCUACAGCGCGGACGUCUACGUCGUAGCAGUGCUACGAGCCCUUGACACAGUGCCCCGCCUGCGAUUUAAAAUCCGCGGUCUAAAAUCCACUUGCGAAUUUUCUGGUUACGUGAACGGAUUUUUAUGUUAAUUGUGCGUGCAUGGAGGAAUUUUGUCGUGGAGUUGAUUUGAUUGUGAUGUAUUGACAACACCAGCACCAACGCAAUAUGGUUGCUUUAGCGCUGCUGUUAGCGCUGCAGCUUGCCGCUGUAAGCGCUGGAAAAUGCACCACUGGCUUUUCGGUCGUGGCGCCUGAAGUGGCGGUACCUGGAAAAACAACAGUCAUUCUUGUCACUCUCCACGGGAGGGAAGGGGACAAGACACUGGACCCCCUGAAUGUGACCGUCAGGCUUGAAACCCAGAAUGCCGAAAAUGAUGUGAAGUUAUUGACGUCUGCUAGCCAAAUGAUUACUGGGUACGGCAUCAUUCCCCUCAAGAUCCCGUCGUCACCGGCGACACACUGCACCCUGCACACCACAGUGGGGUGUCUUGGGAAUGAGGAGUGCACAGCCAAGAGCCACAGCGUCAUCAGAUUGCUCGGCCCGGUGCGGGAUGUCAUUGUCCGACCCGCGAGACAUCAUUACAGACCGGGAGAGACAAUCACAUUCUGGAUUUUAGCUCUGGAUCAUGACCUGAGACUGGUCCGAGAGCAACUGGCCUACGUGGCCCUGAGCGACCCAGCUGGUACCAAGGUUGCGAUAUGGGAAGAACUCUCCAUGGACGAAGGAGUCCGCAAACUCAGUGCUAUCCUUGCGACUGGUGCUCGCACCGGCACUUGGAAAAUCGAAGCUCGAUGUGGUGGAGGUUCUGCCGUGGUGGACCUCACCGUUGGUACUAAGGUGGGCAGUACAGCACCGGCCGCCCCGGCAGCGGAACAGCAUUACGUUGAGCUCCGAUUUGCUGAUAGCAUGCGCAGACGCUACAAGCCUGGACUGCCUUUUGUUGGACGGGUGGAAGCAAUGAGCACAGAAAAGCGUGUGAGAGUCCGCGUCAAGUUGUAUGACGAUAAGACCGACAUCUACAGUCAAGACAUCGACAUGUCGACAGGAGAAGGCGGAUUCAUAGUCCCAACCGUCAUGGCCGACGCACCUUAUGUAAAUCUGCAGGCGGAGCUGGUGGCUGUCGAAGGGAAAGAGAUAGAAACCCACUACGUCCUAGCUCGAGAGAGGAUAAGGAGGUGGAACUCCACUUCAAAAUGCUAUCUUCUCAUAGAAAACUUACCGACGCCACUACAGGCUGGCGGCAUAGCGAGCGCCAGCGUGUGGUCGUCAUGCGGUUGCCGUCAACGUCUGCUGGCGGCGGUGACAAGCGGCGGGCGUGCCGUGCACUGGGCAGCCGUGCCCGCACCCAACCCUGCCAACCACACGGACCUGUGCCGAUUCAACUACACAUUCCCAGUGACCGCCGACAUGGCUCCCAUCAGUUCUCUGUUGGUAUACUAUGUGACAGAAGCAGGUGAACCCGUGAGCGACGUCGCUAGCUUCCACGUCCGCCUUCUGCAUAAAGAGGUGGCAGUAGCAAUAGAAGAACGUCGCUGGUGGUACCCACGAGCUACUCUACAGUUGAGGGUGUUGGCUCCAACUGACUCGGUCAUGUGUCUGAUAGGUGCGCGCGCGCCGCCUGACGCGCGAUUCGAUCCACAUCAAACCCCCACGGAGCACGAAAACCAGCCAGGUCCGGAGUUCGUCUCAGCCGGCGUUUCCCUAUUCGUUGGAGGAGGCGCGUGCGGUGGAGGAGUGCUGUACCGCCAGAGAACUGCCCCCGCCCCGCACUCCCCCGCUCAUCUCGUACCCCCCGCGACUCAUGAUAGGCUGUGGAUGUGGAAGUGCUUUAAUUAUACGUCUCAACUUUCCACGGACGGAGUGACCAUCGCAGCACCAUCUGAAGCUGGUCGCUGGUCUCUUUGGGCCCUUUCUUUAUCCAAUCGAGGGUUGAGAUUCUCCUCCCCUCGCACCAUCAACGUGUUCCGACCAAUCCAACUGGAUUUCUCGCUGCCUCCAGCCCUGAAAGUUGGAGAGACGGUGGAAGUCGAUGUGAAGAUCACGAAUAAUAUCAACAAUUGUAUGGAUGUGACCGCUCUGCUAGCUCUAAGCGCGGGCGCAGCUUUCGCGAGCACGGGCGCUCUCUAUGUCACUGAACGUCUCCGGCUUGGUCCACGAGGCGGCACUCAAUUGGUGGUUAGGGUAGCUGUCAACACCCCAGGAAGGAAGAAUAUCACUGUGGAAGUCACCGGUUAUAGCGCUGACAACUGCUCAGUUUCGUAUACGUCAUUCAACAACGAGACCCUGGUUGGCUCCGUCAUCAGGUCCGCCAGCGUGCUGGUCCUGCCUGAAGGACUACACAGGAGUGAUACUCAGAGUGCCUACUUUUGUGCCAACGAACAUAUAGCAGUCUCCACCCGUGGUUCCUGGGAGUGGCAAUGGGUCUCCGCACCAAGGAACAGAGCUGGUCUCGUCUUGGAGCUCAAGUCUCAAGGGGCAGCGCACGUGGCACUGUCGGAUGUUCGUGAACCUUCCGACGACAUGUACAGAGUUGUAUUCGAGAGGAGCCGCGUUUGGAUUGCUAAGGGGAAACACGGCUACGACGUGCAUUUAGCGAGCGCAGAACAAACGGAGAGCGAUGAAGAAUGUUCUGGAAGCGAUAGUUGGUGUGCCUGGUGGGUUUGGUGGGAGGGGGGGAGGUUGUCCGUGGGGAGAGGGGCGGCGCCUUCGGAGAGGAGGCUGCUGGUCUGGCCUCUUAGUUCCGAGAUGAGGAUCAAAUAUGUCGGCUUCAGCGCGCUCUGGGGUGAUAAAGCUGAUUUCAGGAUAUGGAAUUUCAACGAAGAAGCUGGCUUCUCUCAAGUCCUUGAACUUGGUCUUCCUCACGGCGUAGUCCCAGGCUCUGCCAGUGGAACUCUUUUAGUGUCUGGUGGACUACAUCUACCACUCUACAGCCUGCAGACAGAUUCAACCGACCAAUGGGCGGAGGUGUGGAGGGAUUCACAAUUAUCUGCUGCGUCAGCUAGUUUAGCUCCGCUGUUGGCUUUGGAGCAUAUACCGCAUUUAGUGGAUGAAGCUGAAAGGGAGAAGAUUUUGAAGAAAUUGCCCGAACAGGUUCAAGUACUUCUGUCGUUCAGGAAGAGUGACAAUUCAUUCAGUGACCAUCCAGCAAUGAGCAGUCAUUUGUCGACUAUCAAGAUUUUGGAAAUCCUCACAAAAAUACAGGCUUAUUAUCCAAUAGACCCUGAUCUACUCCAAAAAAUUAAGAAGUGGAUUCAAUUAAGACAAAAUUCAGAUGGAUCAUUUACUCCUUUAGCUGCUGACAAAGAAGUUGAUUAUUAUCCAGUUGAAUUGAAGAAAGCUAACGGAACAGGGAAAGAAGUUGAUGUCAAUGAAUAUUAUUAUUACAACAAAGAUGGAAAUAUGACUGAGGAAGAAAUAGAGUGGGAAAGAACAGUCGAAGUGACUGCUGAAACUUUGGUUACUCUGCUUGAAGUUGGUGUGGAAAAUGAGGUGGAUGCUGAAAUUGCGAAAAAGGCACAGAUAUAUUUGGAGAAGAAUUUAUACAAUUUGACUUCACCAGCUGCUCUUGCCGCAGCCGUUUUAGGACUUGUCCUUGCAAGGAGUCCAGUAGUUCCCGAAGCUCUCGUAAUUUUAAGAAACGCUUCGACUACAGAAGAAGGGGAGUUCGGCUGGCCCGCCCCGAGGAAAGAUGCUGCUGAUUGGCUAUUGGAGGAAACUUCUCGAAACAUCAAGACAACAUCUUAUGAAGCGGUAACGAUGGAGCAGUACGUGGCGGGCGUGCGCGCGCUGCGCGCGGCGUGCGCGCGCGGCGCGCUCGCGGACGGCGAGGCGGCCGCGCGCUUCCUCUACUACCGCGCCUCCACGCUGCAGCGGCACCCCAGUCUCGCAUAUAGCGCUACUAAGGCCGCUGCCCAGUACGCUGCUUUGGCUCACGACAGGCACAGAGCACUAACAGUGUCUCUAGCGACGGCCGGCAUGGAGCUAACAGACACAUUGGAGUUACGAGCAAAGACUCCACCCAGACCACUACAACUUCCUGGUUUACCAACAAAAGUAUUCGUAUACGCUACUGGCGCUGGCUGUGCCACUGUUCAGGGCACAAUAUCAUACUCCACAUACACUCCGAAGCCAGAAAACGCCCUGCUAAAUAUUCAAGCGGCGAUCAUUGAGGAGAUCCGACCCGAGCGCAGCAGCAUCGAGGACUUGCAGGGCAAUCUCCCCACGCUGAUCAUCAAAACUUGCUUCAAAUGGAAAGGCAAAGAGCGAUCUGGUAUCCUACGCCUCGAGUCAUCAUUAUUCUCCGGCUAUGAGCUUUACUCCGUAAACCCGGUGGUGUUAGAUGGCGCCACUUUUGCUGAUCUUCAUUACGGCUCCAGAGGAGAGUCUGUUUGGUUCGUGUUUGCUAAUAUAAGCUCUACUUGCCCAGUCUGCGUUACUUAUGAAGCAAGAUCUAAAUACAUCAUUACGAGCUUACGUCCAGCAUUCGCCAAGAUAUAUCCAUCUACUCGACCAGAUUUGGCAGUUGAAACCUUUUUCCACGCGAGGCCUGGAAGCCCACUUCUCAGAGGAAUCACUGACGAUGAUUUUAUCACCUGGUUUGAAAAGACUGAACUUUCCGGUCUCAAAACCACGGCAAAUAUAGAUAAUAUAUGUGAGUGUGGACGUAUUUGUAGUAGGGAUUAUGAAUUUAAGAAGCAUGUUAAAACAACCUAUAACAAAUUAUCAACUACUAGUCAACCUGCUACGACUACAAGUGAAGCGACAGAAGUUAUUACAGAAAAUGCAACAGUUUCUACUAUACAAACCGUGGCUACUGAAAUAUCAACAACAAAUUCACCUACUACUACGACUGUAUUAACAACAAAUGUUUCUAUCACCACACAAAAAAGCCUUAUUAAUAACAAAAAUCAAAUUUUCAAUCCCAGUAAAGUAAUAAGUAAUACCACGAAUGCUAUGGUAGAAAAAGACCGUGAUGAUCCAAUUAUUAUCCCGACAGCCACUUUUGUAAAUACCUCACAGAUUCAAAAAAUUGAUAAUAAUAUCACGCCUAUUGUCUCCAAUCCAAAUGGAGAACUAAUUGUUCAGAAAUUGCCUGUAUCAAAGUUGCUCUAUAGGAAAGAAAAUAUUAAGAAAAAACCACUUCCAAGACGAAAAGGUACACUUAAAGCAACGUACGGAGAUAAACAAGAAAAAUUCUUUGCAAAAUCUAAAAGUGUUGAUCACAGCGUUACGAUUGAUUCGGGUAAACAAAAAAAUAUAACACUUAAUUCAAUGGAAUCUCAACCAACCAAAUUUACCAAUAUAGUUAAAAAUGUAAAUUCAAGUAAUGUUUUAAUAUCUCAGGACAACAUUUCUCCUAAAAAUUCUACUAAUUAUGUAAAAGGAACUAUCUCUUAUGACAAUGUAACAAAAACUAACAAAACUCUUAAUUCACAUUUAGAGACCUCUACUAUACCUCAUACAAUUACAGCAAUCACUAACAGUAAUAUUAAAACAAUUCAUUACAAGGCUAAAAAGCCUAAACCAAACACGCUAAAGAAAAAGAUUGUCCCUUUAAUGAUUGAUGCUGAUAUCAAUAUCAGUUCCACGAAUUCUACUAAAAAGGUAACAAUUUCAGACUCAAAAAUUAAUAACACAAAAAUGAAAAGCCUCAAUUCAGAAACAGUUACAACGAAAACUUUAAAAUCUAUAAAUAAAGAAAUUCAUAAAGUGCCGCCCACACCGAUUUCUGAAACCUCAAAGAUAUUGUCUGAUCCUCCUAAAUCAGAUAUUGCACCUGAAAAUAAAGGUGGUUUCGAAAUACUUGAUAAGAAUAACUUAUGGGAGCUCCUCAAAGAGGGUUCAGAUAAUGAUAAACUAGAUGAUAAGUUACAAAUUCACAACAAACUAAAUAUUUUAGCACAAAACGUGUCAGAUGUAGCGCAAAAUGACAAUCGAUCAUUAUAAAUUCUAUUGUUAUGUAAUAUGUAAGACACAAAGACUUCAUUAAAUAUUUUUAUAACAUUCACGUCACUAAACCUAUACUGAAUUGUUGAUACUCAGUCUACACGAAAAUUCCUAAGCACACUGAUUGUUGGUUGUUAGAAUAAAUAUUACGUUUAGUGCACUAAUUAUUUGUAUUUGGUUACAAUUGGGUGUUUGUAAAUAGUAUUAUUAAGCUCUAAUAUAGAUUAAAUUUUAAGAAUAUGCGCUGUGAGUAAUAAGAGAGUUUUGUGCCCAAUUGCUCAAUUUUUUUUUAAUUCCCAAUUUUUUAUCUUUAUAUUACUGGUUCAAGAUUAGGUAGGGAAUGGCUUUUGUAGAAUGAGAAAUGAAUUCUAAUCUUUUAGAUAUAUUGGACAUCAAUUUGUCAGAUUGUCCGCUAUCUAAGUGAAUAGUAUGGCUUGAGCAAAAGUAGGAUUUCUGAAAUUAUCAGACUAGCUAGAAUGCUAAAGAUAUUAGUAACUUAAGAAUUGCCAAUUUUAUUUUUAACUAACUUUAUUUUUAUUUCGAAAAAAAAGGAAUCUUAGGUACAUCUUGUUAGAUUCUACGUUAACUUCUACUAUAAUUUUUCAAUGUUUGCAAUAGUUAAGAUGCGAGAUGCCAAAAUCCCUAUAAACCUUUAUGAAAUUAGUCGUUUCUAUUUUCUUUUGUUUUAGGAGAUUAAAUAUAUAUACCCUUUAGAAAUAAAAUGAAAACUAGUGUUCUAUAGAGUUGUAAUGUAAUGCUAUGAUGCCCCAGAAUUUCCAUCCGUCUAAUCUAUCGUCUUCUAUGUAUGUAAAUUGUAGUUUCUUACUAGUAGCUCUAUCUAGAAUAUUUUUGGUUCAUCUGAAAUUAAGAUCGACAGUGAUUGUCUGACGAUGGUGUCAUCUUAAUUCGAUGUCAGUGUAUGUAACGUAUGUGUCUUUUUUAUAUUAAUAAUAUCUAUCAAAAUCAUUUCUUUCCAUUUUCGUAUUAAGACUGGUUGUUUUUCUAUCUUCUGUAUUUCUUGUUUUAUUAUUGUUAGUGUAUUUAGUAAAUACUUAUAUUUUAUUUUCAUAUAAUAUUUCAUGUUAUUUAUUAUUGGGCACAUAAUUUGUUUACUGUCGAUUUUAAUUUGUAUUCCUUUUAGAAACCUUAGUACUCAGUUUUGUGCAAAUCGUGUCAUAUUCUAAUUGUCAUUGUAAAUUUUACUAAAUGUAUUUACUUAAAGUUUUGUGUGUGAACGUUGAACAAUAAAGACGUGUAUUUGUAUUGUAAUAAAUGGUCUUUAAUAUAAUUCUUAAAUGCAACAUCACACACUGAUGUAAACUGUCAGAUAUAUGAUUUAAUUAAUUACGAUAAGUAUUAUCUAAUUGUGUUCCAAUUGCACUCAAAAGUAUUUUUAGAAAAAAAUUAGUAACUUUUCUGUAUACGAAAGAAUAUAAUGUUCUUUAAUCAUCUCACAAUGUAAUUAGACACUAAAUGUCUUUACUUCUAUCACAAGAAAAUCUUACACAAAUUCUUCAAUAAGAUAAAAAAUGUUAAAAUCUGUAUGAUAAAGAGCGUGUUAAAAAUACUUUUGAUUGCAAUUAAUCACGACCUUCUUUGAUUCUAGUCACCUUUAUAUGUAUCAUAAUUUUUCAUAGAUUUAAAUACUAUUAACUCGAAAUAUAUGUGUAAAUGUAAGGUUGUAUGAAACUAGGUGCUUGUGCAAAAGAUCUUGUCAAUUUGAAAUGUAAAAAUUUCUUUGUGAGAGUAAGGUAUAGUUUGUAAGAAAUUUAAUGUUUGUGCUUACAAAUAAACUAGUCGCUCACUAAGUAUCGAAACUCGAUGUACUGACACAGAUCUUAUUAAUAGAAAAUAUAAAGAGGUACCACCUAUUUGCUGUUUUAUUCAUACUUCUU